GGAUGGACACAUUUCCAGCUGCUGUAAAGGAAAGUCUGAGCCAGCCCAGAAAUAUCAACCUGUUGAUUCCGGUGGCAUUUUUCUACCCCCUGCCUCCCCUGACAGAGAUAAGGAACCUAACGCACAGUAUGUCGAAGGAGCUGGCUGAGGUGAGAAGGGACCAUGACAGACUCCAGGAGGUCUUGAGCAGGGUGCAGGAGGAGUUACGGAACAUCACAGAAGUCAUCUGCACAAAAUGUCCACCUGGCUGGCAGCAUUUUGAGAAAAAUUGCUACUUCUUUUCAACAUCGACUAAAUCCUGGUUGGACGCUAAGCAGUUCUGUACCAAUGAAGGGUCUCACCUGGUUAUUGUUAACACCAAACAGGAACAGACGUUUUUGUCAAACCAGCUCAUUGAGCCCGACGUGUACUGGCUGGGCCUCAGCGACUCAGCGAAGGAAGGGGAGUGGCGCUGGGUGGACGGCAGCCUCCUGUCUCUCAG